UGCCCCCGCUGGGACAGGACAGGAGAAUGAAGGGCCUCCGCUGGCGUUACAUGCGGCUGCCCAGCCAGGUGGAGGCUGCUCUGUCUGGGGAGGAGGGUGAGGAAGAGGAGGAGGAAGAGGAGGAAGAGGAGGAAGCAGCCCCAGCCCCAGCUUCUGCUGCUGAAGACCCCCCGGAGCCCCAGCUGACAGCAGCCAGCCAGGUUCUGGGCGCCUCAGAGAUCAGGCAGCUCAGCUUCCACCUCCCCCCGAGAGUCAGUGGACAUCCCUGGAGUCUAGUCUUCUGCACGUCGAGGGACGGCUUCAGCCUGCGGAGCCUGUACCGGCGGAUGGAGGGCCACAGCGGGCCGGCACUGCUGGUGCUGCAGGACCAGGACGGGCAGACCUUUGGAGCCUUCUCCUCCUCAGCUAUCCGACUCAGCAAAGGCUUCUAUGGUACCGGCGAGACAUUCCUCUUCUCCUUCUCCCCACAGCUGAAGGUCUUUAAGUGGACAGGAAGCAACUCUUUCUUUGUGAAAGGAGACCUGGAUUCACUGAUGAUGGGCAGCGGCAGUGGCCAGUUUGGGCUGUGGUUGGACGGAGACUUGUAUCACGGAGGAAGCUACCCUUGUGCAACCUUCAACAAUGAGGUGCUGGCCCGGCAGGAGCAGUUCUGCAUCAAGGAGCUGGAGGCCUGGGUCCUGAGCUGAUGCCCUGUGGCAGGCAGCUUCCUGUGGCAACAGGUACUCAGCGCUGCUCGCAGACGCCGUCCAGGCCUUCCUCACACAGGGCUGCCAUGCUGCUGGAAACACGGAUGGUAAAGCGCCCUAGUGUUGGCUGUGGCCACUGGCCAUCCUCCUUGUGGCCUGGGGACCCAAGACAGGGAUGGGGCAGGCACUGCUUUCUUGCAGACGUGACUCUGAAGGAGUGAAAGAUGCUUACACCUUACCCAAGCAGCACAGUCUCUCAUGAAAAUUAUCUUUGUAGAAGUUCUACAACUUACAUAUGUUUA